AAUGAUCUCGUAUAUACUUACAAUUUUGCAGCAGUUACUUUGAAGCAAACACAUUUUUAAAUCGGCGCGAAUAUUUGCGCAGCGAGAUUUAUCUUUCAAUGUUUCACCUUCUUCUUCAAAUUGCAUCAUUUUGAAUAGUAAAAUAUUCUUUAAUCACACGACUUGAUCUUGAUACGAUCAAAUGUGCAGUUGCAAUUUAUUGCGAGACAUGCGUGGAUGUAAACAGAAGUCUAACCUGUUACUACAAUCUUUUAGAAUAUUAUAAUUUAAUCAUUUAUAUCGAGAAACUAUUUUUUUUCUCAAAAAAUAAAAAAAAAAAGAUUUUUUGGAACUUGUAAAUAUCUACGUCGAUCGAAAGAAUUUUUAAUUAUUGAACAAAUACAAAAGUGAGGUUAGGUGUUUUAUUAGUAUAGUUUUCAAUUUGUGUAAAUCCUGCAGUUAUGGAACAAUUAGACACUUGUACAUUGCAAAGUGAUAAAGUAAAAUCUAGCAAUAAAGAUAUUGCUUCAUCUAUGCAUAGAAAAUUGAGCAAAAAGUCUAAAAAGAGGAAAACUGAUAAAAAGAAUAAAAAACACAAGAAAAAGAGAAAAUGUUCAUCUUCAUCAAGUAGUGAAACUGAUAACAGUGAUAAAUUUGAAUGGGUAGAAAAGAGAGUUGAAGACCAAACUUCUUCUCAUAACACUGAAAACCGUGUUAAUGAUGAGACUCAAGAAAAUCCGCUUAAAAGAGAUGAUUGGAUGAAUGUGGAAAGUUUUCUUCCAAAUCUAUCAAAAUCUGAUAUAAAAAAACAAAAAUCUAAUACACAAGAAGAAGAUAAAACCAAGAACCUCCUGGAUAGACCAGGACAAAGUGAUAGAGAGUUAAAUCCAUACUGGAAAGAUGGAGGUGAUGGAUUACCUCAAAUUAGCCCAGGAAAAUUUGACAGUCCACAAAUUUUAGAUGCAAAUUGGCUAAAAAAAAGUCUUCGGCGUGCUGAGGAACAAGCUCAUAGAGAUGGUAAAACUCUAGAACAAGUGGCUACAGAACGUUGGGGUUCUUUAGAAACUAUACAAUCAAUGAUCAUUAAAGCAGAAAAAAUAUCAAAUGCUGAACAAAAGAAAUAUUACAAUGAUAGACGAAACAAGGCAGAUUUCCAUGGCACUUCUGGUUCAAGAUUAAGAAAUUCUUCGAGGUCUAGAUCUAGAAGUAGAGAACGUACUGGAAAAUAUAGUACCUCUGAGUAUUUCUCACAUCCCAUAGAAAAAAAACCUAGCUAUCAAAGACCCAAAGAUAGUAACGAUUAUUAUCAACAAACUACACAUAAAUCUGCUAAUAAUCGUAUUAAAAAUUGGAAAAAUAAAAGUGAUGAAAGAAAGCAUGAAUCUGAAUUAAUUGAAUUAUCAAAGUCGAGAGAAACCAAAACAGAGAAUAUUAGUAACAUGAAUGAGAUGGAUACAAACAAAAAUAUGGGUAUUUUAACAGAAGCAGAAAUGAAUAAAUUAGGAGCAAGAAUUAUUAAAGCUGAAAUAAUGGGAGAUAAUGAAUUGGCAGCUCAGCUUAAAGUGCAAUUAGAGCAGGCAAGAAAACUUGCUGCAAUGAAUAAUACUAAUAAUGUACAAAAAGAAACUGUAAUUCUUACAAAAACUGAUGCAAAAGGUGUUGCAAGACCAAUUCAACCCAGAAGUCAAUCUAAGCAGUUUGCAGAAAGUCGAAAUAGAAAGAAGAAACCUGCGGAGACACAUGUCUCUGGCGAGAGAGUACGCUAUUUCGCCGAUGAUGAUAAAUAUUCCUUACAAGAAAUGUUUCAACGAGAGAAAGGAAGAUCUACAAACGAAGAUGAAGCGGUGUUUACUAAGCUUUUUGCUAAGAAGACAGAUCAUGCAGAUGAUAUGUUCGAACAACAAAUCACACGAAAAGAUUCGGAAGCGAAGCAAGAUAAACGAGAUCGUUCGCACGCAAUUAAGGAACACAAGCACUUAUCUAACUCGAUAGAAAAUUGCUCGUGGUGUUUGGAUUCGAAAAAGAUGUUAAAGCACAUGAUAGUUACAAUGGAUUCUAUGAUUUGCUUAAGUCUACCUGCUUAUACUUCCUUGACUACUGGUCAAUGUAUAUUGACACCUGUACAACAUGUUGCGUGUCAGUUGCAAUUAGAUGAAGAUGUAUGGUAUAAGCUCAAGGAACUUAAAGAAAAAUUGAUAAAAAUGUUUAUGAAAGAAAAUCUUUAUCCUAUAUUUUUUGAAAUAUAUAAAAAACGUAAAUUUUCACAUAUGCAAUUAGAGUGUAUUCCGCUACCAAAAGAAAUCGGUGAAUCAGCACCAAUGUACUUUAAGAAAGCUUUAUUGGAAUGCGAAACUGAAUGGUCUAUUAACAAGAAAAUUGUUGACCUAAAAAAUAAAGAUAUACGACAUGCUGUACCGAAUGGUUUAUCAUAUUUUAUGGUAGAAUUUGCCUCACACCCCGGUUAUGCUCAUGUAAUUGAGGAUGAAGAAAUGUUUCCGAAGAAUUUUGCCGAAGAAAUAAUAGGCGGUAUGCUGGAUUUGGAUUGUAAUUUAUGGCGAAAACCAAAAAGACAGAAUUUUGAAGAACAAAGAGCAAAAAUGUUAAAGUUUACGGAAAUAUGGAAAAAAUAUAAUUCUCCACAAGAAGAUAUUUAAUAAUUAUAC